AUUCGUCGAGGUUAGAUUUCGAAGUAGUUGGAAGAAAUAUUGCGUAUUCUCGAUAUAUCACUUAAUUGUUUGCAAUUGAUGACGAAAUUUCAAGAAUCCUUCUUCUUCGAACCUUAAAAUAUGGCGGACUACUGGAAGUCUCAGGGUCGUAAAUUCUGUGAUUUCUGCAAGUGUUGGAUCGCUGACAAUAAACCCAGCAUCAAUUUUCACGAAGGUGGUAAAAAGCACAAGGAAAAUGUUAGCAAACGGCUUAAAGAGAUACAUAAAAAUAGCGCGAAGCAAGCAAAGCAGAACAAGAAGAUUCAAGAUGAUAUCAAAAAGAUGGAAAACGCAGCUAUGGCUGCUUACCUGAAAGAUGUGGAAAACAACACGAGAGACAUGACAGCCGAUAGACUGAUCAAGGAAAAAUUCAAUCGAACAGAGACGAAAGACACGUCGAACUUGAAUCCUGUACCAAUAGCCACCCCACCAGAAACCCAGCCUAGGUUCAAAGGUGAAAAUCGACAGGUAAGACUAAAUAAAAAUGACACUUUUUCGGUAUAUACGUAUGUAGAUACAGGGAGGUAUAACGAAAACUUCCAGUUUUCUCAAGAGAUCGAUCCAUGUGAUCCAAUUCUAUUGAGAAAUGUCACGGCAACGAGCGCGACAACGACCACGCAACAAAACAGACCACCUCAGCAAAGAGGCGAGACGAAGCCACAAGGAAAAGGCAAGGUAGGCAAAGGCAAAGGAAAGGGGAAGAAAAUUCUGGACGACGACCGACCGACGAAACCUUUUCGAAAACUUUGGUACGAAGCCCUCAGUCCCGAAGGAUACACGUACUACUGGCACGUCGAAAGCAACGAAUCCAUUUGGGAACCACCCGAGGAGGGAUAUAUGACGUUCGCGGAACAGCAAGAGGAAGCGAAAGAACAAGCUCUUCAAGAGGAGCUGCUGCAACAGUUGGAAGAGGAGGAAGCUGUCGCGAACGUGGAUGUACUCGAGGAGAAACGAGCAAAUGCCGAGAGAGAGAAGUUGAAGGAAUUGAGGAAGAUAAACAGUGUGCAUACGUUAGAAUCGGAGAACGGGAAUGGGAACGAGAACCGAAACGAGAAAGCCGAAACGAAAGGAAACGAAGAGGAAACGAAGAGGCCAUACAGGAGGGAUUGUACUAUUCCUGUUAAAUCCCAUCCGUACGGGCCUUGGCGAACCGUGGAAAAAACGGAAACGAAACCGGUGGAUCUGCAGCUGCCUCAACAAAAACAAAUGCAACUGCCUGUGUUCGAGAAAGCAGAACCACCACCUCCUGUGCAAAGGACCUUCAAAGAAAAGACUAUUACGCAAGUUGAGACAGGAGACAGCGACGAAGACGCGAAACCGACUAUGUUUAAAAAACGAAAAAUUGCCAAUAAGAAUGUACGAAAACGAUUAACCGACGACUGAUUUUUCUGCGUCUGACGUGUGU